AUGGUAUGGCAGAUGGGGAGGCGAAUCACCCCUGUCUCUUCUAUGACAGUUGAACAGCUCCGUGGAUUGGCGGAGAGAGAUGAAGAGCUGGGAAUGGUUAGGAAGAACGGUUGUCAAGUGCAGAUGAGAACGGCCUAUGGCAUCAUUUCCACCUGUCCUAGAAGCUGCAUGUUCUCUGUUGCCAUUUGUAGGUCAACAGUGUUCAUUAAGCAGGUUGUCAUAAAGGUAAUCCGUGCCUGGUUCAGCAGUGAGCCAUCCGGAGCCAUGUUUAAGGGCUGGAAGUCACCCGGCGGGGGCCUGCGGCUGAGCCCGGGGCCGAGGGUUCGGCCGCGUCUCCACCGGCUUCGCUCCUCCAUCCAGCCAGGAGGGGACCCGGCUCCACCCCGGACAGACGAGAGGUCUACUAAUUUGGGUGUGGAAUCGCCGGGUCCCCUCCGGGUCGGCUGGACGCGGGAGAGACCAACCAGGCUGCGGGCUGCGCGGGGGGCUAAGGCGGGGCCGCGGCUCCCUCCCCUCGGCCUGUGGGCCCGCGACCCGCUCUGGGCGGAGGACCCUGCACCUUCCGCUCCCCACCCCCGGCACCGGGGCCCCACCCCGGAGCUGCGGACCCCGGGCACCCAGGCCCCACCCCGGAGCUGCCGACCCCGGGCACCCAGGCCCCACCCCGGAGCUGCCGACCCCGGGCACCCAGGCCCCACCCCGGAGCUGCCGACCCCGGGCACCCAGGCCCCACCCCGGAGCUGCAGACCCCGGGCACCCAGGCCCCACCCCGGAGCUGCCGACCCCGGGCACCCAGGCCCCACCCUGGAGCUGCGGACCCCGGGCACCCAGGCCUCACCCCGGAGCUGCCGACCCCGGGCACCCAGGCCCCACCCGGAGCUGCCGACCCCGGGCACCCAGGCCCCACCCGGAGCUGCUGACCCCGGGCACCCAGGCCCCACCCCGGAGCUGCGGACCCCGGGCACCCAGGCCCCACCCCGGAGCUGCGGACCCCGGGCACCCAGGCCCCACCCGGAGCUGCUGACCCCGGGCACCCAGGCCCCACCCUGGAGCUGCGGACCCCGGGCACCCAGGCCUCACCCCGGAGCUGCCGACCCCGGGCACCCAGGCCCCACCCCGGAGCUGCGGACCCGGGCACCCAGGCCCCACCCCGGAGCUGCCGACCCCGGGCACCCAGGCCCCACCCCGGAGCUGCGGACCCCGGGCACCCAGGCCCCACCCCGGAGCUGCGGACCCCGGGCACCCAGGCCCCACCCCGGAGCUGCCGACCCCGGGCACCCAGGCCCCACCCCGGAGCUGCCGACCCCGGGCACCCAGGCCCCACCCCGGAGCUGCGGACCCGGGCACCCAGGCCCCACCCCGGAGCUGCCGACCCCGGGCACCCAGGCCCCACCCCGGAGCUGCCGACCCCGGGCACCCAGGCCCCACCCCGGAGCUGCCGACCCCGGGCACCCAGGCCCCACCCCGGAGCUGCCGACCCCGGGCACCCAGGCCCCACCCCGGAGCUGCGGACCCGGGCACCCAGGCCCCACCCUGGAGCUGCGGACCCCGGGCACCCAGGCCCCACCCCGGAGCUGCCGACCCCGGGCACCCAGGCCCCACCCCGGAGCUGCGGACCCGGGCACCCAGGCCCCACCCCGGAGCUGCCGACCCCGGGCACCCAGGCCCCACGGCCCCACCCCGGAGCUGCCGACCCCGGGCACCCAGGCCCCACCCCGGAGCUGCGGACCCGGGCACCCAGGCCCCACCCUGGAGCUGCGGACCCCGGGCACCCAGGCCCCACCCCGAGGAGCAGCCCACCCCGCGGGCGGAGACCCGGAGGCCUACCCACAGCCCUGGGUUCUUCAAGGCCUUCGGUGUCUGGCACUCACCCCACUGCACCCCACUGCACCCCACUGUCUGCCCUGUCCCUCCGUUGCCCGAGCAGGGCAGUCCCGGUUCUCAGGUGUUCCCGAGGAACCCGGCCCCUCUCCUGCCGUCCCCCCUUGCCCUCUCUCCCCCUUGCCCUCUCUCCCCGCUGCCUGA